CGCGCACACCCGCAACUGGUUUACCGCCGAGCAACCGGACCGGCACCAGGGCGGGACCUCUGUCACUCUGAUCCCCACUCGGCGCAACCCCUCCCCCCCUCCUCCUCUGGCGCUGACGGACUGGGACGGUCGCGUUUAUUCUCGCGGUCUCACAAGUUUGAGCCACGGCUGCGACCCUCGGAACCAGCGGCUGCAUCUUUUGCUCCGGGAUCAUGUUCGCGGACGUGACGGUGGGACGUGACUCUCGCAUUGAUCGCGCUGGAUCGCUUUCACGGUCGGUCUUCUGGGAAUCGGCCGGGAUGUGAGAGCCGCUCUGGUCCAGAGAGCCUCUUCUGCAUCAGCGGACUUGUUCUGUCCGUCACCUUCCCUCCUCCGGACCAGGACCACAUGAGGUGGACUCCAGGAGGACUCUGACACGAUGUGGACGGCGACCGAGGAGGAGAAGAUCGGAGUGGUCAUCUGCAGCGUACGCACCUCCGUCAGUCAGGGCUUGUCUCUGGAGGUCGGCGAAACUGUCCAGAUCCUGGAGAAGUGUGAAGGAUGGUUCCGAGGAUUCUCCACCAGGAGGCCAAACGCCAAGGGAGUCUUCCCGGCGAGCUACGUCCACCUGAAGAAGGCCAUAGUCUCCAACCCUGGACCCAAGGAGACCGCAGCUCCUCUAGAGGACCCCAUUGUCACGGAGGUGACAUGCACGCUGCAGGAGUGGGCCUCACUAUGGAAGCAGCUCUAUGUGAAACACAAGGUGGAGCUGUUCUACAAGGUCCGACACGUCAUGCUGGAGCUGAUGGACCUCAGGAGGCAGCUGCUGUCAGGUCACCUGACCCAUGACCAGAACCGGGACGUCAAGAGACACGUGACAGUCCGACUGGACUGGGGAAACGAACACCUGGGUCUGGACCUGGUUCCGAGAAAGGAGUUUGAGAUGGUGGACGAAGACCAGAUUAGCGUCUCCGACCUCUACAAGAUGCAUCUCUCCAGUCGACACAGUGUUCAGCAGAGCACAACGCCGGGGGAAAAUGGCCGCCAGCGCCACGGUGAGCCGCUGCGAGUGCCAGUACCACACCACCUGCUGGUCAACCUGAAGAGCUUCACCUACAACAGCAUUGGAGAAGACACUGACAUCUUCUUCUCUCUGUACGACCUGCGGGAAGGAAAGACCAUCAGUGAGAAAUUCAUGGUGAGGCUGAACAAGAAUGGAGGACCCAAGAACCCAGAGAGGGUGGACCGCCUCUGUGCUCUCUUUACGGAUCUGAGCAACAAGGACAUGAAGAGGGACUUGUACAUCGUGGCCCAGGUCAUCCGGACAGGGCGGAUGCUGCUCAACGACAGUAAGAAGGGUCCUCCUCACGUUCAGUACCGCCGACCGUAUGGCUGCGUUGUGCUGGCCAUGAGCGAUGUCCUGCAGACUAUCUCUGAGCUGAAGGAGGAGAAAGACUUUGUCCUGAAGGUCUACACGUGCAACAAUGAGAACGAGUGGUACCAGAUCCACGAGAACAUCAUCCGCAAGUCCAGCACCAAGUACACCGCCCCCAGUACCAGCUAUGGUCUGAUCAUCUCACUGCAGCUGCUGCGUGGUGAUAUGGAUCAGGUCUGCAAAGAAAACCCACUCAUUUUCAAUCGGUGCGUCGCCAUGACUCGGAAGCUGGGCUUCCCUGAUGUCAUCAUGCCAGGUGACGUGCGAAACGAUCUCUACCUGACACUGGAGCGAGGGGAAUUUGAACGAGGGGGCAAGAGUGUCCAGAAAAACGUGGAGGUCACCGUCUACGUGCUCUACGCUGAUGGGGAAAUUCUCAAGGACUGCAUCAGUCUGGGCUCUGGUGAACCCCACGUGGCUGAGCACCGCUCCUUCGUCCUCUACCACAACAACACUCCGCGCUGGGGUGAAGUCAUCAAGCUGCCCAUCCCCAUUGACCGCUUCAGGGGGUCGCACCUCCGCUUCGAGUUCCGACACUGCUCCACGAAGGACCGUGGCGAGAAGAAGCUGUUUGGUUUCUCCUUCACGCCUCUGAUGAGAGACGACGGUACCACACUGUCCGACGAGACUCAUGAACUCUACGUGUACAAGUGUGAGGAGACCACCACCUUCAACCAGGCUCAAUAUCUGGGUCUGCCCAGCAGCAGAGACGACUUCAGCAGCUGCCCGAGUCUCCCAUCCAGUCUGGUGUUCCAGCGCAGCAGCAAGGAGACCUUCUGGAUCAGCACCCAGCUGUCCUCCACCAAGCUCACGCAGAAUGUGGACCUGCUGGCUCUGCUCAAGUGGAAGGCCCACCCAGACCGGGUCAUGGAUAUCCUGGGCCGCCUGCGCCACGUCAGUGGAGAGGAGAUUGUUAAGUUCCUGCAGGACAUCCUUGACACGCUCUUUUCCAUCCUGGACGAUAACACGGACAAAUACGGCCCGCUGGUCUUCCAGUCGCUGGUCUUCAUCAUCAACCUGCUCAGGGACAGCAAGUACUUCCACUUCAGACCAGUGAUGGACACGUACAUCCAGAAGCACUUCGCUGGAGCGCUGGCCUACAAGGAGCUGAUCCGGUGUCUGAAGUGGUACAUGGACCGGUCGGCUGAGGUGGUCCGGCAAGACCACAUCCAGGAGGCCAUGAGGGCUCUAGAGUACCUCUUCAAGUUCAUUGUCCAGUCCCGGGUCCUGUACUCACGCGCCACAGGUGGUCAGGAGGAAGAGCAGUUCCGCUGCAGCAUCCAGGAACUCUUCCAGUCCAUCCGCUUCGUCCUGAGUCUGGAUAGUCGCAACUCCGAGACCCUCAUCUUCACUCAGUCCCAACAAUCCUGCUCAAACCAAACCCCCCCUUCUGGGCCCGUGGCCCUCAUAGCACCCCUCUCAAGCCAGAUGCUGCCCCCUGGUGGUGCCCCGCUAACCUGCACUCAGGGCUGGAACUGCAGUGCUCCGAGGUCGUCUCCUUUGUCAGCCGCCCUCCUCAAUUCGUUUCCGGCCAUCUUCGACGAGCUGCUGCAGAUGUUCAGCGUCCACGAGGUGGCGGAGUUUGUGCGCGGGACUCUUGGCAGUCUGCCGUCCACCACGCACAUGGCUCAGUCCAUGGAUGUGGUCAAGCUGCAGUCCAUCGCUCGCACCGUGGACAGCCGGCUCUUCUCCUUCUCAGAGUCUCGCAGGAUCCUGCUCCCUGUGGUGCUCCACCACAUCCAUCUCCAUCUGAGGCAGCAGAAGGAGCUUCUCAUCUGCUCUGGAAUACUGAGCUCCAUUUUCUCCAUCGUCAAGACCAGCUCCCUGGACUCUUCGGUGCAGGAGGAGGUGGAGAUGAUGGUGGAGUCACUGUUGGACGUCCUCCUGCAAACACUGCUGUCCAUCAUGAGCAAGAGCCAGUCCCAGGAGGCGGUAAGAGGUCAACGCUGCCCACAGUGCACCGCCGAGAUCACCGGCGAAUACGUGUCCUGUCUGCUGUCGCUGCUGCGCCAGAUGAACGAGGUCCACUUCCAGACCCUCAUGGAGAGCUUCCAGAGCAAAGACGAGCUGAAGGAGUUCCUGCUGAAGGUCUUGUGCGUAUUCAGGAGUCUGAUGAAACUUAGUAUUUUCCCACGAGACUGGAACAUCAUGAGACUCCUGACCAGCAGCAUCAUCCUUACCACGACCCAAUUUCUGUGCCGGGCCCUGCAUAAGAACUUCACCGAUGCUGACUUUGACUUCAAGGUGUGGAACUCCUACUUCAGUCUGGCAGUUCUCUACAUCAACCAGCCAAGUCUACAGCUGGAGACUCUGAGUACAGCCAAGAGGAAGAAAGUUCUGGACAAGUACGGAGACAUGAGAGUGAUGAUGACCUACGAGCUCUUCAACAUGUGGCAGCACCUGGGAGAGAACAAGAUCCAUUUCAUCCCUGGGAUGAUCGGCCCUUUCCUGGGCGUCACUCUAGUUCCUCAAGUGGAGGUCAGGAACAUCAUGAUCCCCAUCUUCCAUGACAUGAUGGACUGGGAGCAACGCAAGAAUGGCAACUUCAAACAGGUGGAGGCAGAGCUCAUUGACAAACUGGACAGCCUGGUGUCGGAGGGUCGAGGGGACGAGAACUACAGGGAGCUCUUCAGCCUGCUUCUGCUGGAGAAGAUCGAGCAGGAGACCUGGAGGGAGACAGGGAGCUCCUUUGUGACUUCGGUGACACGGCUGAUGGAGCGGCUGCUGGACUACAGGGAUUGCAUGAAAGGGGACGAGACGGAGAACAAAAAGAUUGGCUGCACCGUCAACCUGCUUAAUUUCUACAAGUCUGAGAUAAACAAGGAAGAAAUGUACAUCCGCUAUAUUCACAAGUUGUGCGACAUGCACCUGCAGGCCGACAACUACACUGAGGCGGCCUUCACGCUGCUGCUCUACUGGGAGCUGCUCCACUGGGACCAGCAACCACUCAAGGACUUCCUGCACCACCCGGCGCAGAGCCAAUGGCACCGCAAGGAAGGACUGUGCCGCAAAGUGAUCCACUACUUCAACAAGGGCAAGUGCUGGGAGUACGGGAUCCCUCUGUGCAGAGAACUGGCUUUCCAGUACGAGUCCCUUUAUGACUACCAGAGCCUCAGCUGGAUCCGGAAAAUGGAGGCAGCAUACUACGACAACAUCAUGGAGCAGCAGCGUCUGGAGCCAGAGUUCUUCCGUGUCGGCUUCUAUGGGAGAAAGUUCCCCUUCUUCCUCCGUAACAAAGAGUUUGUGUGUCGUGGUCAUGACUACGAGCGGCUGGAGGCCUUCCAGCAGAGGAUGCUGGGGGAAUUCCCUCAGGCCAUCACCAUGCAGCACCCCAACCAGCCGGACGAGGCCAUCCUGCAGUGUGAUGCCCAGUACCUUCAGAUCUACGCUGUGACUCCAGUCCCUGAGAAUAUUACCGUCCUACAAAUGGACAGAGUUCCGGACCGCAUCAAGAGCUUCUACCGGGUCAAUAAUGUUCGUAGGUUCCGCUACGACAGACCGUUCCACAAGGGCCCAAAAGACAGAGACAACGAGUUCAAGAGUCUCUGGAUCGAGAGGACCACGUUGACCCUCACGCAUCCUCUGCCCGGGAUCUCUCGUUGGUUCGAGGUGGAGAAGCGAGAGCUGGUCGAGGUGAGUCCACUGGAGAACGCCGUCUCCGUAGUAGAGAACAAGAACCAGGAGCUCCGAACUCUGAUUGGGCAGUACCAGCACAAACAGCACCACGGAAACAUCAACCUGCUGAGCAUGACUCUCAACGGGGUCAUCGACGCCGCCGUCAACGGAGGCAUCGCCAGAUACCAGGAGGCAUUCUUUGACAAAGACUACAUCAUCAGUCACCCGGAGGACACGGAGAAGAUCACGCAGCUGAAGGACUUGAUGCAGGAGCAGGCCCAUGUCCUCGGUGUCGGCUUAGCGGUCCACGAAAAGCUGGUCCACCCGGAGAUGCGCCCACUACACAAGAAACUGAUCGACCAAUUCCAGAUGAUGAGGAGCAGCCUCUGCCAUGGUCUGCCUGGACUGGACAAGCUCUCCUCUGCAGCUCAUAGAGGAGUCCUGCCGUCUCACAUGAGUCCUGAGAGCUUCAAGCUGAUGCACCGACACAGGUCAGGGUCAAGGUCUCAGGCGCCCUCAUACCUUCAUCUUCAUCAACCAAUUGCAAUUCUGACUCCAGUGAGAAACCCGUCUCUCUCCUCUCACCACCUUAGCGAGGCAGGAAACCUGCUGAUCCUGGCUGACGGGAUGGUGGUGGAGCACGGCGACGACUUCUACCGCAUGCAGGCGAGCCCGUCAUCCUCCAGCCUGAGCUCCACUCACUCUGCUCCAUCACAGAUGAUCAACUCGGCUCCGUCAACCAUUCGAGUCGGUUCUCCGUCUCUGCCUGAUAAAUACAGACACAACAGAGAGAUGCUGAUGCUGCUGCCCCCCCACAGAGACCGGCCCAGCAGCGCCAUGUACCCCAACAUUGUGGACAACGCACAGGUGAGUCACCUGCAGAGGGCGCUCUUCCACCAGGUGGUCGGACCCUGCAAACCCUGCAGUGACCCCAACUUGUCCGUGGCCGAGAAAGUCCUGACCACACCCAGCAGUUGGAGUCUGGACAGUGGCACCAGAGACGCCCUCCCCUUCCUGUCGUCCCACGCUAGCAGCGUCAUUGCGCCUCCAGUUCCCCCUCGGAACCCUCCACACGGGCAACACCUGUCGAUGCACUUUGAUGCUUACCACCACCAGGUCAGCGACCUCCCUCCAGCUCUCCCCGCGCGCUCCUUGAGAAAGGGGGCGCUGCAGCCUAUACCUGCCUCACCCACCAGUCCUCCCUUCAUCCUGGAUGGCAGUAGCUCCACUCUAUCGGGCAGUGCCAGCUCGGGGGUCUCAUCCCUCAGCGAGAGCAACUUCUGCCCCGUCUCCUCCUCCGACCCACCUCCUGGCCGAGCAGACGCCUUUGAAGACCUGGACUCGCCGUACCAGCCUGUCAGCCUCUCCGAGCCUGAAGCUCAAGAUGGAGUUGCACCAGAGACUUGCCGCAGCCACUCAGCCAUGCCGGGUGGAGGUCUGAUCCUGGGCGGGACACCGGACCACCUCACGAGUCACCUCUACUACCACCACUUUAUCCCCACCCACCUGCCCCUCUACCACCUCCAUGAGCCGCCUGCCCUUCCUCCUAAACCUCACCCGAGGGAGGCGAGCAUCCUGGAGGAGGACACGCCCCCCCCUACUGGACCUCGCACAGGUCCGCGUAAGAUCUCCCAGCCCAUCAACCUGUCCUCCAAAGAGGAGCAGGCCAAGGUCGCGUGGAGUCACGGCGUCAGUGAGGAUCGACCGGUCUGAACAUGAAGGAGCCCCUACUCCCCCCGAAGUCUAUUGGGUGACACGAGAGACAUCGGCAGAAACGUCAUGCUGCGUUCAGGCGCUGACAGGAAACUGGCGCUCCAGAUUCAGACUGGCGGCAGUUCUGACUCGACACCCUCAUGUGGUGUGGAAGUACACUGCAGCUCGCGUCACCUCAGUGACUUCCACAAACAACCCUCAGCAAAACCUUCAUCUGACCGCAGUACACUUUAUGACCACAUGGGGUAGCGUUUGUGAAGCCGCACUAACACAAGGUCAUGACCCUACUUUCGUUUACCGUCUUUGAGAUGUCAUUUGUUUUGUCUGAGGUGUUUCUGCUGACAAGCCCACCAUAGCACUCCCCACCAUUGACCCGAACGGUUGAGUUUAAACGUCAUAAUGUUCACUGACAACGUUUGUGCUUGUCUCCCAAAACGUUCGAAUACAUUUUGUCAUUUUUCUACGACAUAACAGAAGUCAAUGACUAAAUCAGAUGUUUGUGGUCUAUGUGUAGAAGAGUGUGUGGUCACAGACACUGUGGGGCACUUUAGUUUGUUUGUGUCUUGGAGAGCGUGCGCUUUGUGUUUUUGUGUCGUCGUGUUUUUUGGUUUUGUCCUCCAAUGGACUUUAAAAAAAAAAUUAAACAACUCAGCGUCCGUUCUAUCACUGACGUGGCUGCAGAACCACAACAUAACUGAACACAAGAUGGCGCACUGAAGACAGAGAACGUGAAGUGCGUGUGUGUGAACCUGUACAGCUAUACCUGUGGGGACCAACUCUUGGAAACACACCUCUUUGUGGGGGCCUUCUGCCAAUCCCUACGAGGUUAAGUCUCAAUUUGAGGAUUAAAACUUCAAAAUAACUUGGUUUGGUUUAAGUUCGGUUUAGGUUAAGUUUAGCCAUGUGUUUUGGAUUGUUCGGUUUAGGGUGAGAGGUUGAGGAAAGGAUUAUGGCAAUGAAAUGUCCCCACAAAGCAUAAAAACAUAGUGAGUGUGUGUGUGCCUGUGUGACAGGAGACAAACUUUACUACAUCGUGAUGCACACUCCAGGGGAGUGAGUGUGUGUUCUCCUGGUCAUGUGACCUGGCAGGAGGGUGUGAAGGUGAGUGACUCUGCUGAAGGUCAGAGGUCUUUAACACACA